UCAAUAAAAUGAUACUUAAAAAAAUUGAAUUGGUUAAACAAGUGGAUCUCUCAAAUAGUCAAAUUCCUCUUAACAUUAUCGCAUACAUCAUUUAUUAUUCUUUUAAGCCGCGUAAACUUGCAUGCUCAGCCAAUACUAUAUAAAGGGUGUCGAUUGCCGCAAUGAAAAUACAAUCAAACCAUCUUAACCACCUACCUCUUUACUUCUCUCAUUUUGUCCACCAUUUGUACCACCUAUUUCUAGCUUCUAAGAAAAUGAGAAAUCUUUCAUUUUUCUUUGUCUUUUGUCUCCUAUCGUCUCUCUCACAUGCUAUAGAACUCGACUUUUGUGUUGGAGAUCUUAGUCUUCCUAGAGGACAUGAAGGAUAUGCUUGCAAAGAUCCUGCUGAAGUCACAACUGAUGAUUUUGUUUACACAGGUUUCCGUGGUGAAAAAACACCCAAUAACGUAUUUGGGAACAAUGUGACACUAGCAUUUUCUGAUGUGUUCCCGGCCUUUAAUGGUUUAGGUAUAUCUAUGGCCAGGUUAGACUUUGCUGUAGGAGGAGUGAUCCCAGUACACUCCCAUCGUACGUCAGAAGUUCUUCUUUUAGUGAAAGGUUCAAUCAUAGCAGGGUUUAUUGACACCAACAACACCGCAUACUAUAAAAGAUUAGAGGUUGGUGAUGUCAUGGUGUUUCCACAGGCCAUGCUUCACUUCCAAAUUAAUGUUGGUAAAACUCCGGCUACUGCCUAUGUCAGUCUGAAUGGUGCAAACCCUGCAUUACAACUCACUCCUACCGCUUUAUUUGCUGGGAAUUUACCUGCUGACAUUGCCCAGGAUAUUACACUUUUGAGUCGUAAGGAAGUUAUGCGGAUGAAGCGAAUCUUUGGCACAGCUUGAUAUCCAUCUUUAGCAGCUACUCCUGGGCUCUUAAUACUUAUUUCUAAGCUCUCGAUUUAUUUCAAUGUCCAACACAAUUAUUCAUAAAUUUGUGAUAAUAAAGGGUACAUACAUAUCCCACUUUACAUGUUUUGUAACAACAAAGUAAUUGUAAAAUUUCAUAUUUUAUACUUCUAAUUAUAUGUUCUCAAGAUUAAUAAGUAUAAUUUAUC